AUGGGUCCCUAUGAUGCGGGACUGGGCAGUUACUCGGUGGCCUUCACUCCCGAGCGCACGUUGGGCAUCCGCUACCCGAACGGCUCCUGGAAUGGACUCAUCGGCUCCCUGCAGAGAGACGUCGGUAUCUGCACUAUUACCAACCAUGCGGCAAUCCGCGAUCAGGAGGGCGACUUCGCUCUGGGCCUGAUGAUCCCCACCAACGCCCGCAACAGCAUCGCCAACCCGACGACCGAGGUGUACAUCGACGAGAUCUCCAUCCUGGCUGGGAGAACCCGCACCGAGAGCACCAACGUCUUCUCCUACGUGCUCACUUUCGAUUGGCAGGUGUGGGUGUGCGUGCUGCUCACCAUGAUGACGCUGUCGCUGUUCUCCACGGGACUGGACCGCUUCUACGCGCAACAGCAACAGUGGGCUACAGGCAGCGGCACGCAAGGAAGAAAACGAUUCCACUGCGGUUACUACGUCGAGCGCUUUCUCAACCACGCGUGGGAGUACUUCGAAAACCUUCUCGGAAAAGGCUCCUCUUCGCCCCCUAGCCGCCAAGCUUCGCGCGUGGUGACCGCCUUCUGGUGGUUGGCGGUCACCGUGCUGGUGUUCGCGUUCGCGGGCCAGAUGCGCGCCUGCCUGAUGGUCAAGUCCCAGGAGUCCGUGAUCCGCAACAUCCAGGACCUGGCGCGACGCUCUUCCGUGCGGCCCUACACGCUGGCCGGCAGCAUCCUCACCGCCAUGCUCAGGGACUCCCGCAACCCGGCGUACCAGCGGGUGUUCGAGCGCAUCAUGCGCUAUGGCGGCCAGACUGAGCUGCACCGCAUCUACGGGCAGCCCAUACUCGAGCAAGUGGUCCGCGGAAAGGCGGUCGUCAUCGCCGACCGAGGAUCCUUCACGUACAAGGUCGCCAGCACGUGCCGCAACUACACAGACGGCGAGUUCUACAUCGCCGAGGAGCCGCUGCUCAAGUUCCGUUUCGUCAUGUAUCUCAGCAAGAAGGUGGACGCGCGUCUGCAGAGGGGCAUCAACCAGAGGCUGGUGUGGCUUCGCGAGAUGGGCAUCAUGGACCGCUGGAUUGCACAGAUGCUGGGCAACUGGGACCACUGCCGUCGUGAUGGCAACCGCGUCACGCUGACCUUUGAAGACACCUACGCCAUCUUUGUGAUGUGGGCUCUGCUGGUGACUGCCUCCCUGGCAGCCUUUGGCUUCGAGAAGCUCCGAUACGCCUACGGCGCCCGAAAAAUCCACCUGCAUUGACUGGUGGUCAGGCAUAUUCCGUUAAAGCAGAACAGUUCCUUAGUGAAAUUAUAAACGGGAGCUGCGGCACCGUGAUUGUUCAGCUAGCUUCGGAAGGAUGGGUGGAUCACAUGGAUUUGUCUAAUGUU